AUGGAUUCUUAUUUUUAUCGUCAAUUAAUGAAUCAAAUAAACGAAAGUUGUAUUAUUCCUCAUAAUUGUUUUCCGAAGCAUAAUCUCGUUGUUAAAGACGCGCACUCACAUCCUCUUUUUGAAAUAAACGAAAACGAUUUAGACGUCGAUGAUGAUAUUGAACACAUGGGUCAAGUUCCUUAUUUUAAAUCAUUCGAAUAUCAAACUCAAUUAUGGCAUCCAUUAUGUUGCGGUGGGGGAACGAAAAACAAAUCAUUAAAUUUUGUCAGGAAAAAAUUAAAAUGGGAAAAAAAAUUGGAAAGUUUAGAAAUGCAAAACAUAAAAGAAGAACUUGUAAGCAUUCGAAAUUUAUUAAACGGAGAUGAAACGAAACUUUCAAUAGAUUUAAUCAAUUACAUAAAACAUUUUAAAAAAGAUCCAGAACCUGAAUUCAAUGGAAAUUAUAAUUGGCUUUACACAGGUGGAAAUUUAGAUGUGACUCAAUCAAAUUCCGGUGAAAUUUAUUUAAUAAAUGCCGGAUAUCUCGAAUCGCAAAACACAUUUUUUGUCAACAAGCUACAACCUGAUUCCUUCGACAUGAAUUAUCAAUUGUGUCACACAUUGAAAAAAAAUUUAUCAAUAUUACAAAUAUCGAGUCGAUUUAAAAAUGAAUUUCUUUAUAUAUUGGUAAGGCAAAAAAAUUUAUUGAAUUUAUUCAAAGUUGAUUCAAAGUUAAAUGAAAUAACGAAAGUUUGGAGUAAAAAAAAACCAUCAUCGGAAUCGAAUGUAUUUACAUGUUGUUACAUUUCAAACGAUUCUCGUUCGAUAAUAUUAUCCGAUUCUAAAUGUUGCGUUAAUAUUUACGAUAUUGAAACGGAUAAAAAAAAAUGGAAGGCGACUAAAAAGUCAUUCGUAAGCAAAACUCCCGUAAUGGAUAAAUGGAAUCAAGUUAACCUUUUGGAAAAUUUGAUUUACUUUUCAAAUCGUAAUUAUUUUUACACGGCGGACAUAAGAGAGCCUACGAAUAAAUUAAUUAUUGAAUAUUCACCAUUGAAUGUCGUUAACGAUUGCGAGAAUAUCGUGUCGAUGACCGACAGUAAAUCGAAUACUAAUUAUUAUUAUUAUUUGUCAACAAAUCAUAAUUUAAUACAAAUUGAUUUGAGAAAAGGAAAAUCCGUUCAAAUGUGGACUCACAUGACUAAAUAUCCACCUCAAUUUAUUAAUACGGUUCGAACGUACGAUAAUAACGAUUUAAUUAUUUUACAAUCGUUGAACGUGAACGAAAUCAUAGGGAUAACGAAUAAAAUGAAUGGGAAAAAUUUGGAACUAUUUUCCGAGUCUUUACCCCGGGCUUUGACGGGACCUGAAAAAUCAUUGAAAAUGGCCAAAUUAAAUGGUUUAUGCCUGAAUCCGUUAUUCGAUACGAGAUUUAAUUUUUGGGUGACGGGUGGAAAAUGUUUUAAGAACGUCAAAGAUGAUGAAAUUUAUUUACUCGUUUCCAAUGGUGGCGGUGACGUUUUUUCGUCGAAAAUAUCAAAAACGGAAACGGAAAAUGAAAAAAUGAUAAAUCCGGGAAAAUUUUUUUUGAAAAAAAUGAAAAAUUUCGAAAUCGAAAUGGAAAAACUUUGGAACGGUCAAUCGAACGUGCGUAAAUUAAAAACAAUCGAUUUAAAUUAUUUGUUAAACGAUUUAACGUCGGAUAACGUCGUAAUUGGAAAAAUAAAAAAUAAAAAAAAAAUAAAGAGGGAUGCGUCGUGGCCGAAAUGUGAAAUGUUCGAUGAGAAAUGUUUGAUACGUCACAAGGAUUAUUUAGCGGAUAAAAUUUUAAACGUUUGGGGAUUGAAUUGGGAUGAUCCCGACGAUGGUUUAUCCGAUUCUGAAAGUUUUUCCGAUAAAAAAGUUAAAGAUUGGCUGGAUAAAAUGUACGUAAUUAAAAUUUGUUUAAUUUGA